GCUGGCUGUCGAGACUUCUGGGAAAUGGAGUCCAUGCGAAGACGACACAUUGAUUGGAGCCCAGAGGCGGAAGACCGUUGCGCAGGCGCACUGUCUUCCCGACCCGAGGCGGUCCGGCGUUCGCAGGUUCCCAGCACUCUUGUGGAAGGACUUUGUUCUUCCCUCCCAGGACAGCAUAGGAGGGAAUGGCUGCUGUGUCUCCACCUACCAGGUGCCAGACAUCGGUGACAUUUGAAGAUGUGGCCGUGACUUUCACAGAUGAAGAGUGGAGGCAUCUGGUCCCUGUGCAGAGGGCUCUCUACAAGGCAGUGAUGCUGGAAAACUAUGAGAGCAUCAUCUCACUGGGGCUUCCUGUUCCUCCGUCUGACGUGAUUCUUCAGUUGAAGGAAAGGGACGAGCCACGGACACAGGGUCUUCAUGGAUCCGAGGAGAAAGAGUGGCCAGAGAGCGUCUCUCUAGGCCAGGAGACUAAGCCUGAGAGCCUAACUGCUCCAGAAGGAACACUGGGAGAAAUCCAUAGAAGGCAAACUCCUCUGUGCCCUAAACUUGAAGUUCAGACACUAGCAGAUGGGUCAGAACCAGAAAAGGAAAGUCCUGAAGUAGAGACUUGCAAGAAACCCCUUUCCCUGGACAAAAGCGUACAGCGAAAAUCAGCCCCAUCCAAAAAAAUCCUCACUAAACACCAAGACCAGGAAUGCAGUGACUGUGGGAAGACCUUCUUUGACCAUUCGUCCCUCAUCCGCCACCAGAGAACUCACACUGGGGAGAAGCCCUAUGACUGUCCUGAGUGUGGGAAGGCCUUCAGUCACAGGAGCAGCCUCAGCAGACAUCUCAUGUCCCACACAGGAGAGAGCCCAUAUGAGUGCAGCGUGUGUGGCAAAGCCUUCUUCGACCGUUCAUCCCUAACUGUGCAUCAGCGGAUUCACACAGGAGAGAAGCCUUUUAAAUGCAGUGAGUGCGGCAAAGCUUUCUUCGACCGAUCAUCUCUCACCCGCCACCAGAGAAUCCAUACCGGGGAGAGUCCCUAUGAGUGUCAGCAGUGUGGGAAAGCCUUUAGCCAGAAGAGCAUCCUCACCCGUCACCAGCUGACCCACACUGGCAGGAAGCCGUAUGAAUGCAGUGAGUGUGGGAAAGCGUUCUAUGGGGUCUCUUCCCUAAACAGACACCAGAAGGCGCAUGCUGGGGAACCACACCAUCAGUGCAGUGAGUGUGGCAAAGCUUUCUUUGACCGCUCUUCUCUUACACAGCACCAGAAGAUACACACUGGAGACAAGCCGUAUGAGUGCAGCGAGUGCGGAAAAGCCUUCAGCCAGAGGUGCCGGCUCACACAACAUCGGAGAGUUCACACAGGGGAGAAACCCUUUGAGUGUAGUGUGUGUGGAAAAGUGUUCAGCUUCAAGUCCUCAGUUAUUCAACAUCAAAGGCGUUACGCCAAACAAGGGACAGACUGACCAGGGGAGAAGCGUGAGCUACACAGAGCGCCUUCCUAUAAAACAGGUCUCCCUGCCAUCUGCAAACCAGCAUCUGCUCGUUCUGCCUACUGUGGCUGCCAUCUUCCCGUCCCACCUCUGCUCCGCAGUGUCUGAGUAAACAGCGUACCUACAGUGCUACAUAACUAAUGUGGAGUGUGGAAACUGAAAGAUGAAUCUCCAGAUUCAAAAUUGUGGACAGAGGCUGGGUGUAGCUCAGCAAUGGAACACCGCCUAGGGUGCAUAAGGUCCUGCUGUCCGAUCCCAGGCACUGCGAAAGGAAGUUGGAGAGAUUGUCUGGCAGUGGGAUAGAUGCAGAGGGGAAUCUGCAGACACAACUGUAUGAGUGCAUAGGCCCGUUACCACUGCGCUUGAAAUAACUGCGGCUACUACAGGAGGGGAAUGUCACAGUUAUGGGAGAACACCAUUUUCUCCAGAAGUUUCUAUAGAUUUUAGUGAUUUUGAAGCUUUUGGAAAGCAGACCUUGUUGUCUUGUGCCCCAGCAUUUCACCCUCCUAGUACUAGUAGUAGUGAUAGCACUUACUAAGCACUCAUUUUGGGGUAAACAUUCAGCAGAGAAUUUUAGAAGGGCUAGACUGACUGAUCCUCUAACUGAAUCUGUGAGACAGGGCCCUUUGCUGUUUGACUUUGACAGAUAAGCACAAUGCAGUUUAGAGAGAUUAAGUAAUAUACUCUGGGUAACACAAGGUGUCUUAGUUUUCUAUUGCUGUGUAGAGACUCGGCCGUGCCCACGUGACCAGAGUACUGAGCUAGUGGAGGGUGUCGGGAUCGAAGCACUCAACAGACUGCCAUGAGAAGUGAAGAAGAAGCUCUUUAUUACAGAGAGUAAUGGACUUAUAUAUAUCCAAGUCAGGGAGGGAAUGGGUUAAGCAUAGGAGGAAGCCAUGCGCCACCCACACCCAGGGUCAAGGCACAGGCACUGCAUACGUGUAAGUUCUGAGAAAAAUCGCAAGCCCAUGAACACAACCUUGUUUGCUCCACCUGGAGAACACAGAAGUUCUACAGCGGGAUGGGGAGGAAGAGAGCUGUAAAGGACAAGUACAUAAAUUUCCCAACAGUUCCUCCCUUUUUAUUUUUUAAAUGAAGCGAUCCCUGGCUUAGGUCACCUGGGAAACAAAUACCUUACCCGUCAUGGAGAAAUGCUCUCAUCAAUCCCUGUCUUAGGCGGCAUUGAUCCCGCUAGGAGUUGCCUGUCAUUGGUUAUCGCUUCUCCAGCAUCUGCAGCCAUACUUGUGCUGAUUCAUGUUACACUGCCAAGGCCAUGGGUGCCUGUCAGGUGACACUUGCCUGUCUAUUGUUCUGGCUGUGCAUUCAACAG